AACAAAGAGUGUUGAAAAGAUCGUUGUAUCAGGUGUUAGCUGCUCGCAUUUAUUCUGCGAACAAUAGCAAUUCCACAAUGACCCCUCCACAUGCAUAUGGUUGGCGACGCCUCAAUGUCGGCGUUGUUGGUGGCGGCAUAGGUGGCAUGUCCGUAGCGAUUGCACUUCGCCGCGCUGGCCACGAGGUGACCAUUUACGAACGUAACGACUUUGCUGGAGAGGUUGGAGCAUCGGUAUCAUGUGCCGCUAAUGGUACGAGGUGGCUACAUGAAUGGGAGGUUGAUGUCGCCAAGGGUGAUCCAGUGGUGCUUCGAAAACUAAUCAAUCGGGACUGGAAAACCGGGGAACCGGUCAGUGUCUAUAGUUUGGACGACUACGAGGAGCGUUGGGGCUAUGUUUAUAAUAUGUUCCAUCGCCAGUAUAUGCAUGCUAUGCUGAAAGAGUCUGCAUUGGAAGAGAAAGGCAAAGGAACCCCUGCAAAACUUCUAGUUCACCAUCAGUGCAAGGAUAUCGAUUUAGUAAACGGAGUGAUCACAUUUACCAAUGGUGAAACCGCACAACACGAUCUCAUAGUCGGUGCUGAUGGAAUUGGCUCGGCGGUCCGCAACAUAAUUGGUUUGAAUCCUGAAAAGCGGCCUUCAGAGUCGAGUUGCCUCCACACCAACGUCCUCACAGCAGACGCUGUGCGCUUGGGCCUUGUCGACUACUCUCAAAAUAGUGCAUUGGAGUACUGGGGAGGCCAAGAGGGCAAAUGGGACAAAAUUGUUCUAUCCCCUUGCAAUGGCGGCCGCUUACUAUCCUAUUAUUGCUUCUUCCCGCGUUCUCAAGGCGAUUAUACGAAUCAAACAUGGGGUACUGAAGAUCGACCAGUGGAGGAAUUGCUGGCACAGUAUCCAGAGCUUGAUCGUCAAGUUUUCGGUCACCUGUCCAUAGGGAAAGAGAUUCAGCCGUGGCGCUUGUGGGUUCACGAGCCGUAUCCAUAUAUCACUCGGGGUCUGGCUUGUCUACUGGGAGAUGCUGGUCAUCCAAUGAUGCCUCAUCAAAGCCAGGGAGCAUGUAUGGCGAUAGAAGACGCUGCAGCAUUGGGCAUUCUUUUUGACAAAGAUCAUUUUAUGGGAGAUGUGAACGAAUCUCUUUCCAUUUACCAGGAAGUACGACUUCCACGAGCUACCAAAGUCCAGUCAGCCGCUGCAAAAGCAGCAUACAAUAUCAACGAGCGGAUCGGAUUUUCGAGCAAUACAGACAAUAAGCUAUAUAACGUCGAGGAUGAGAAAGGGAAACUCACCAUUGAGGAAAUGAACGGUUACGACAUGUAUAAACACAUAGACGAGGUGUUAGCAAGGCGGAAAGGACAGUCCUUUAAAGAGAAGGAAAAAUUUCAAGAUGGAAUCCCCGUGGAUUUGAAGCUUCCAAAUGGGACGCUUGUAGUAGAAGUGGCCCGGUUAUAAUAGUCGGUGUUUGAACAUUUUAUUCGCCGUGAGUGUGCUAUUAAUUACAUCAAUUCAUUUGAGUGUAGCUAUGAAAAGAUCAAGAUUGGAGAGUUGAAUUAGAUAUCCAUUGUUCGC